AUGAGUGCGGGAAUUCUAAAACGGGUCUGGAACUCUCGGACGGUGGAUCACUACACCAGAAGCUUAAGGGGAAUGAAAUCGGUGAAAAAUGAGGGUCCUACAGCCCGGGCCGAAGUGACAGGUCCACCCCUAGUGACUCCAAGAGGUGAACUUGAGGGCGAGGAGCAGCGCGCAGCCGAGCGCCACGGCCCCGCAGAGCAGCUCGGGCCGCUGGCGCGCCAUGAGGGAGACGCCACGCAGCCCGCGACGGAGCCUGCCCGCCGAGGACGCUGUGGCCGGGGUCGGGCUCGAGCUGAGGCAGUCGGAGCCCGCGGGGCCGCCGCCGCCCCCUCCCUCGUCCUCGGCGUCCUCGCUGCUGCUGCUGCCGCCGCCGCGGCCUCCGCAUUCCGACAUUACAUGCUCCCAGUCGCCGGCUUUAUACCGCCGCCGCCGCCUCGGGCCCGAAGGCCCGGCCCGGCCCGGCCCGUUGCUCCCCAAUCCCGCAACUCGCCGCACCCGCUAACCCGGACGCUCCACGUCAGCCGCGCGCCGCCGCCGCGGGGUCCGCCCCACCUCACAUCCCAGAGCACGCAGCUCCGCCCACGGCUCACGAAGUCCGGGCGGGCACCGACACCGCCCAAAUCCCCACCCCCAACGGGCCACGCCCUGCACCCUAAGUAA